GUUCUCGUGCAGCAAUGUAAAUCAGUGGAAGACAGGAAGAACCUAAUCGCGGCCUCUGAGAUGCUGCUGGGCACGGACAAGAUGGGCAAGCGUUUCAAAUUCAUGGCUAUCCUGCCUCGCGGGGACACAGCCGAUCAGGCUUACGUGCCGGCUGGCUUCUUUCCCACCUGGCCGAGCCCCUCCACUCCUUCUCCACCGCCGCCUUCCUCCUCUUCGGAGACAU